AUGGCCGAAAGCAAAUAUGUCUCGUACACUGAGAAUCUCAUGAAGUACAUGAAGCUCGACCAGAAGGGAAACGCCAUGGCGGAAUACAUCUGGAUCGACGCUCAUGGCCAUGUUCGUUCUAAGAGCAAGACCAUUACCAAGAUCCCCGCCGAUGGCAACUUCAAGCCUGAGGAUCUUCCUGUCUGGAACUUCGACGGUUCCUCUACCGACCAGGCUCCCGGUGAUAACAGUGAUGUCUACCUACGACCCGUUGCCGUUUACCCCGAUCCCAUGCGUGGUGUCCCCAACAUUCUGGUUCUUGCUGAGUGCUGGAACGCCGAUGGCACUCCGAACAAGUUCAACCACCGCCACGAGUGCGCUAAGCUGAUGGAGGCCCACGCCGACCACGUACCGUGGUUCGGUCUCGAGCAAGAGUACACCCUCUUCGAUAUGGAGGAUCGCCCUUAUGGCUGGCCCAAGAACGGCUUCCCUGCUCCCCAGGGCCCCUACUACUGCGGUGUUGGUGCCGGCCGAGUUAUGUGCCGUGACAUCGUUGAUGCCCACUACAAGGCUUGCUUGUACGCUGGCAUCAAGAUCUCCGGAACCAACGCCGAGGUCAUGCCCGCCCAAUGGGAGUUCCAGGUCGGACCCUGCGAGGGAAUUGAGAUGGGUGACCAGCUCUGGAUGGCUCGUUUCCUCCUUCACCGCGUCGCCGAGGAAUUCGGCGCCAAGAUCUCCGUCCAGCCUAAGCCCAUCCCCGGUGACUGGAACGGUGCCGGUCUUCACAGCAACUUCUCCACCAAGGAGAUGCGUGUUGAGGGUGGAAUGAAGCACAUCGAGGAGGCGAUCAAGAAGUUAGAAGCCCGCCACAAGGAGCACAUCGCCGUGUACGGUGAGGGCAACGACCUGCGUCUGACGGGACGACACGAGACAGGUGCCAUCGACCAGUUCAGCUUUGGUAUUGCGAACCGAGGUGCCUCCAUCCGUAUCCCCCGAGAAUGUGCCGCGAAGGGUUACGGUUAUUUCGAGGACCGACGACCGGCCUCGAACGCAGACCCUUACCAAAUCACGGGCAUAAUUAUGGAGUCAAUUUUCGGCGCAGUUAACUAA